AAUCCCUUACAUUUGCCCUUCCUCUGACCACUCAUCCUUGCUCCCAGCUAACCCGCUGUCUAGCAGAGGUGGUGAUGGAGGUGCUGACACUGGGCCAGGCCCAGAGAGGCCCCUGCACAGCUCUGCUCCACAAAGAGAUAUUCGAGACAGAGCCCCAAGGCUGUGCGUCCCCUGAGGAGAAGAGGCUGCUGGGUGGGGACUUCAACAAGCAGGAGUCUGAAAAGAUGAGAUCCAGCCAGGAGAUAAGGGGUGAGGAGGAGGAGGAGGAAGAAGCAGAGAGGACCCACAAGUCUGAGGUUCAGGAACAGGCAGUCCACACGCACCUCCACAGUCAGCUUCACCAGGAGGAGGAGAAAGAGGAGGAAGAGGAGAGCCAGCCAGAGAAGACCUCUGAGCAUGUGUGGAAGCAACGUCUAGAGGGUGCCGGAGACCUCCAGAAGCGGGUGGCUGAGAAGGCCAGCGAUGAGGAGACAGCCCAGUUUCAGGCAGAGGAGAAAGGCAUGCAGCUGCUGGGGGGAGGCCGAAAUCUGUGGCAGGGGGCUGAGAGGGUCGGAGGAGAGAGGCAUGAAGAGUCCUCCAACCAUCGUCACCACCUGGAGCAGCCAGGUACCAAGGCCAAGCAGGAGGCAGAGGCAGAGGAGGAAGAGGCUCGAGAGCAGGAGGUAAGUAGAGGAGUCACUCCAAGACCGCCCAAGGGACUCUCCUCGUGCUGGGCCACACAAUGUGAAAUCUACCAUGAAGUGGGUCAGAGUGACCAAGCGUGCACCAGAACUAGGUAGCGAUGUCCAAGCAAGGACAGUGACCAGGAAGACGCCGCUAAUUACCCAGAAGCACCAGAGUUAGCCACCAUUAUCUGUACCAAGUAAGUCAGCUCCCACUGAAGCUAGCAGCUGCUCUCUGGCUCACAAUGCUAGUGACAGAGGCCAUGGAUGAGGCACAUGCCAAGCUGAUUGUCCCAGCAAGGUGGCUCAGUGGGUACAGACUCGCGCUGUCCAGUCUUGCAACCUGAGUUUAAUUCCUAGAUCCCACGUGGUGGAUGGAGAGGACUGAGUCCCGCAGGUUGUCCUCUGACCUCUCCACACACGCUAAGUAGAUGUAGAAACUUUGUUUUUGUAAUUACGGGCUAGAGAGAUAGUUUUUUUUUUCUUUCUUUUUUUUUUUUUUUUUUUUUUUUGGAGCUGGGGACCAAACCCAGGGCCUUGCUCUUGCUAGGCAAGCGCUCUACCACUGAGCUAAAUCCCCAACCCCAGAGAGAGAUAGUUUAAUGGUUUAACGGUCCCUUCAGAGGACCCAGCUUCAAUUCCCAGGAUCCACAUGGCAUCUCUGGAACUCCCAUUCCCAGGGGAUCAUAUGCCCUCUUCUGGCCUCGCUGGGCACUAGGCUGACAUGGAUAUACAGGCAUCUGAUAUAAGGACAGGCAAACACCAAUUUUUAAAAAUUAAUGAAAUAUCACCUCAGCUGGGAGCAGCAAUCAAAAUGGCCAAAACUUCACAAAUGGGCCCCCUAGGGCUAGGGAUGCAGGUUCACAGUCGAAUGUAUGACUUACAUGCACAGGCCCUGGGUUCGCUUCCCAGCAUUGCUACAUAAGCCAGCUGUGACGACACACAUCUGGAGUCUCAGCACUCAUAAAGGAUCAAGAGAUCAAUGUGGUAGGCUGUGCGAACCACCAUGCUGCUCAGGUGGACAAGCAGAACGUUUGGGUUUGUAGAAGCAAGGAUGGUAGCCAUCACUGACCACAACACACAGCUAGGAUGGGAUUUCAGGCCACUAGCACAGGAAGUGGCAGGGCUGCAAUUCACCAUGACCACAGAGGUAACCAUACUUCCGAUCUUCCCCAGGAACACAAUGCGGAGCGGCUGGAGCACAUGCAGGAGCAGUUAAAGAAGGCUACCGCCAUGCUAGGGGAGGCUCUGGGGAGGGAAGGCUGACCCCACUCCACUCCUUGCCCACACUCCCUAAGGCUCAGGACUGUUGACCUCAGAGCGCCCCUCCACCAGGCAUCCUGCUCACUUCCAACUGGCAGGGACUGGAACAAGGAUGUGCCUGAGAACCAAGCCUGAGAGAAGUCUGAGCAGGGCAGGGGCUCAGGCUGACUCGGGACCCCACCCCCAGCUCCUCCACCCUUCCUGAGUGAAUAAAGCACAAAGCAAA